UUUAAUUUAAAAUAUAUCUGUUUAUUUCCUUAACUACACUACCGUAGAUAAAUAUUAGUUUCAUUAUUAAUAAAGAAAUACCGAGAAUAACAAUAAAAUUUCUACUGUAUGAUAAUAGUAUUGAUAACCAUCGUCAGACUGUGCAACCGAUACACAAAAUAACCUUUCUGCACCCUUACCGUUUAUCUACAAUUAUCAAUUUAUUAUUCUGCUGAAUUUUAUCAAGGGGUGGCAGCAGUUUACGGUAAAACAUUCAAGGUUAAAAUAUAGUUUCCUUUUCAAAUUCAGUAAAGCUUCCUGCGGUUGGAGCGUUUGACAGUUGUUAAUACAGUUAGAACAAGCUCUCGUCUUCUAACAAAUAAAAUUACUUCAUAGGAAUACGAGUAUACACGUCAUACACUAGCUGUAUAUAUGUUCUGGGAGUGAUGUUACCGGUUAUCGAGUGGAUAACCGAUAAUGUAACUUAGAAUUCUCGACUGAUAGAUACUUUCAAUAUCAAAAUAAUCACGAGUAAAUUUCCUGAUGACGUUGAUGCUGUCACAUGACGUUGAUAGAUACAUUUCAUGUGUCAUAUUUAUCAAUUGUGUGAAUUGUUAAUAGGAAACUCGGAUGUGGCACGAAACUUCGCUUUAGGAAUUCGCUUCAAUUCAAAAAAGGAAAUUCCGGGCAUUCUGAAUAGGUUUACUAUAAGCACCGAUAAUUUUCAUCAUUAUAGUUGUUAAGCUUUCACAUUUUCCAUGAUGAUUCAUUACAGUAGGAUGUAACACAAUUGAAGUUAAUGAUGAUUAAUUAAUUGCAAUUAGGAAAACUUCAUGUUGCCAGCCCGUCCGAGCUAGGCGCAAACCCACGACCGAACUACGGUGUUCAGGGUAAUAAGAUUGCUUGGCAAAUCUGCUGUAUGGCGUCUCGAGAGAUCUGUUAAUAUGGCCAAAGAGGGGUCACCUAUUCUUGGGCUUCCGUGGGACCAACACUCUGAACUGUAGGUGUCUCGUCCUUUUAUUCGUUUAGCCUGGGAAACUGAUCGUGUGAUCCGCAGUUGUUUAGAAACGAAGGUUGAUUUCGCAGUUACUAGUUCAGCGAUGACUGGCAUUGACGCAACGUUGUCUCUUACUUUCCUCUCCUUUCACAAUCGGAUGUUAUCAUUUAGCAACUGACUGUUAAGAUUAUCAUUCACUUGUUGACAGACGGGCGUCAUUCGAUCUGUAUAUUGUGCUAAUGAUCGCGACGGAUGUAAUAUAAAAUUUUCUCGAAGAUGGAGCAAAAUAUCACCAAAAUCACGAACGUCACGUUAUGUUUAAUAAGUACUUUUUAAAAUAUUUUGCAUAAAUAAAUAUCAAUUACGCAGAUUUCCUAUUAAAUGUACACAAACAUUUUUAUGUAUGUAAAGCAAACUUAUACUAUGUAAGAAUUGCUUUAUAUCCAUAAACUACGUGCAGACUGAAAUAAUAAUGUAGAGUUAAAAAUUUAUCCGUGUAGAAGAAUUCGGCUACAAGUCAAUUUUGCAAGUGAAAGCCUACACGCAUAGCAUUACAUUCGAUUGUUAUAUGUAAAAAAUGGCACAAGCUAUAAUAUCAAAUCAGGAGAAAAAUACAGUUGUUCUUCCAGUUAAUUACAAACACGUUGAAAUAGAAACGGAUGAGAUGAAGCAAAAUAUAUAUCUGUUUAAGAAACUUCUAAACGUGGAAAAUUGUAAUCAAUAUCCGACGAUGCUCAAGAAUUGUACACAAGUUCACGUUGGACCAAGAAUAGAAAUUCAUUCCGAAGAAUCGAAAGCAAGUUGCUUAAAGAAAGAAGAUGAAGAAAGUAAUGAAAUGUUCAACAAUUCCUGCCAGAAAUUGAAGAACAAAUAUAUAACUUAUUUUUCCUAUAUGAGAUCUUUCUUGUGGGAAGGAAAGAGGAACGAUUUUCCACUAAAAGAUUAUUUUGUAGAAUUAAUAGUAGAGAAGGCCGAUUUAUUUGGAAAGAAAAGUGGAGAAAGAAUACGUCUGAAUGAGAUAUUUUCCAUAGAAAAAGAUGGGCAUCAAACAAUUUUAGUGACAGGAGAUCCAGGUUAUGGCAAAUCUACUCUGUGCAAGAAAAUUGCCUACGAUUGGGCAUCCACCAAUUAUCUCCAGCGCUUUGAUUUAACGCUUAUUGUACUUCUAAGAGAAUUAGGUGAUAAAAGUGUGACAGAUGCAUUACUCGACAACAUCCACGGACACUCAUUAAUGGAUAAAGAUUGGAUAUUACAAAAUAGACAAUUAAACAUUUUAGUGAUUUUGGAUGGGUUCGAUGAGGUUGUAGAAAAAAAUAAAAUUAUGAAAUUUAUACGGGAAGAAUCUUUUGAUAUUUCUCACCGAAUGACUAUUGUGGUAACGAGUCGACCUCAAGAAGCAGAAGAAAUGAGAGAGGACAUGAAGAUGAGGUUUUCGAUAGAAGGAUUUUCACCAGGAUAUCAAGAGAAAUAUAUUGAAUUAAUGUUUAGAAAAGACGAGACUAAAGCCAAUGAACUCAUUUCUAAACUGAAUGAAAACGACUUUUACAGAGAGAUAGCAGAAUGUCCUCUGAUGCUGCAUAUGUUGUGUUGUCUUCAUCAAAAUGAAGAAAUGAAAGAGAUUGAAACCAUAACUGAUUUGUAUAUCCGAAUAUUCUCUCUUAUCGUUGAACGUUACGUUAGAAAAAAUAAUCAAAACGGUAAGUUCGAACGUGGAAAAUAUUUUAUAGGAGAUACUUUAUUAAUUAAAUUAGGUAACUUAAUCAGAUCAAAAUUCAGGAUUUCAUCCAGUGAUUUGAAGAAGUAUUUUGCAAAUAAAGAUGAACACAACUUCAUCGUCGGAUUGGACAUUCUUACCCUCGAUUCCUUUUCUGAAUGCGAUAAUAUAAUUCGAUACAGUUUUGUACAUCGGACAUUUGGUGACUUUCUUUCAGCUUUAUCGAUAUAUAUCGGUGAUGUCUCAUUUCCAUAUUUUAUUUACGAAUUGGAAUUAUUGUUUUUAUUGGGAUUUUAUAAGAAUGAGUCUUUUCCCAAAAAGUUCUUAAAAUCCGUAGAGAAAAAGUUUUUCACAGCUGAAUUUAUGCUCCACGCUCACCAACAAAUCAAGCUGGAAACGAACUGGAAACAGUUUUGUUCUCAUUCAAACAUUAAAUGUUAUUUUUGGAAUAUCUGUUAUUUUCAAAAGUUAAUGCAACUAUAUCGAUUCAAAGAAUUUUAUUUACAUCUCGGCGAUUCCGAAAAUGAAUACAAGAAAGUCAAAGAAGCAUUAUUCGAUUCUUUAUGCGAUUGCAAUUCUCUAAAUACACUCAGUAUUUACCUUGUACUUUCACUUAAAAAUAGAAAUUUGAAGUAUAUACGCGAUAUUCGAGAACCCGUUUCGUGCAUUAUCAAUUUCCUUCAUGCAAUGAAGACGAGUGGUUUUGAUAUUUCUUUCAUUGGCUUAGAAUUGUCUCAUCGUCAUCCGCUGGAAAAGUUUACCAAUGUUAAUUAUAAUUUGAAUUUACCCGACAAUAUUCUAAACGAGCUAAAUGUAAGUGAAAAUGAAAAAUUAGUUGGAUUGCAAACUGUAGAUAUGGAAGAUUCCAAGAGUUAUCUUUUGUCGUUGGAGCAGUAUGAAGAUUUACGUGGUUAUAUCAAAUUUCAUUCCACUGGUAAACAAAAUUCAAAAUGUGUGAUUAUGUAGAUUAUUAAAUGAUUAAAGUAUUAUUCGAUAGACUAACAAUUAUUACUGAAUAUUUUACUGUUAACUGCUGCCAUCCGUUGAUAAAAUUCACAAGAAAUAUAAAUUAAUAAUUGUAGAUUAGCGGUAAGCGUGCAGAGAGGAAGAAAUCUUUGGUUUAAUGCGUAUUUUUGAUGUGAUUGCCAAAUUACUGUAUUUCAAUUGAAACAAAUAAAAAGGAGUUGAAUUUU